CAAGUAUUAUCAUUAGGAAAACGUUUUCGAAUCUGCCCAGCCGUUGAGCAGUUUUCACCACCAAAAAUCUUUUGUUCUUGGCUCAAGUGUGGAGUACUAUUUCCACUUCGCCUGACUCGUCKAUGAGUGGAAUUUUUGGUUCAGAGAGAUUUCGACAGCUGGGAACAGCUCUGGAGAACAGAUCCACAAAUAUGAUAAUUAUACUAGCUGRGUUGUUUGGCGUUUAAAUGCAAAUGUUAACAAUGAUUGUGUCAGAGUUGCUCAGUUAAGACCACGUACAGCAAGGCCUUUAACUUGUGCUGGUGGUCAUUUUGGACACUCGACGCGUCUGUCUGCGCUUUGUUGUGCAGGCCAUUGCGGUCUUAUUUACAAGAGCACUUUUUCGGUAAUUAUUAGAAGCUGCCUUUGUCUUGUCGAAUUGAGUAAAGAGGAGAACGAAGAAGGAAAUUAUCAUUCCUCUGGUSUGGUGGUUGCUUGGCAGUGCAGUCAACCAAGUGACUGAUAACGUUAAGCCAUGGCCGUUAGAGAAAUUGUGGAAUCUGUUGGAAUUGUGGCGAUAUCAACGUUUAUAAUUUUAAGUCAUUUUCAAGGAUUAGUACAAGGAAACCUAGAAAACCUGAAAGCCCCCGGAAAUAUUAAAAUUGGAGCAGUGGAACAGCUUUGCGUGGUCACAGAAAAUUCUUCAUGCGCGGAGAUUGAUAUCAAUGGAUUGCUAAAAGUGGAGGCUAUUCUUUUCGCAGUUAAGAAAGCUAACAAACGCGCCAAGGACAAUGGAAUUAAUGUAACCUUGGGUUAUGAUAUAUGGGACUCSUCAAAACGAGGGGCAUACAAAACAAUGUGGACUUURAUUCUUGCAUCYGAGAAAACCCAUUCACCGAUUGUUGUCGUUGGUAAUUUUCCUCAGCAUGGAAAAAAGARCGAUGAUAGUUUCCUSUUAUUGCUAAGCCGUGGAAUUACCCACAUAAGCUGCGAGUCRUCUUCAGUUCAACCAAGCAGAGGAAUGGCGAAACUUUCAGAGAAAGUUUUUCACGUACAACCGACUGACAAAGUGAAUAUAAAGGCUAUUUUGAGCGUCAUUGCUCUCAACAAAUGGAGCUAUAUUGGAGUUGUGUUGGACGAUGGUGCAGAAAAWUUAUUAUCUGAGAUGAAAAAAGAAGCAUCAAAUCAAAACAUUUGCAUCGGAAAUACUUAUAGUUUACCAAGCGAUGCAAAUGAACAACAGGUUACAAACUUUGUUAAGAAACUAAACGCUCAGAAAGGCUUCUCAGUGAUUGUAGCUCUGACUUCAAGUCAUUUGACUAGGCGGAUCCUUAAAGAGGCGUCAAGUCAGAAAGUCAAAGGUUUGACAUGGAUUACUGGACAACGUUCCUGGCCAACCACUAAGCCAAUUCCUCUACCACUCUCUGCAGCCCAAGGCAUGUUUAACAUUAUAUCGCGUCGAACUACUACGAAGUUUGUGGAUUAUUUACGAGGAUUAUCUUCUGGAACUAAAAAAAUUGAAAACAUCUGGCUUCGACAGGCUGCUGCAAAGGAUUCCUCUGGAGGGGUUAACGGCUCCCUUCCAGCAGCAUGUGAUUACGACAAAGAACCCAUGUGCGGGAUGGACGAAGGGAAGUUAAAARCAGUUGUUGACARGAUGGUUGAUGUUGUUGGUGAUGCUGGAUGCACCAUUGAUGCCGUUAUGACCGCUGCACAUGCAUUGGAAGCACAACAGAUUUGUACUGACUCGUCUGAUUGCAAUGAAAACACUAAGACCAUUAAUGACUUUGUUCAACAAGUUGACUUUACUAAUUCUCUUACAGGUUCUCGUAUAAGCUUUACGUCCAGUCAUACUUUAAAUUACACAAGUUUCCACGUCUACAACUACCAGCAAAACUACAGCAGAAUUACGACUGAUUUGAAUAGGAAUCUCAAAGCCGUUGACGUCGGAACUUACACUUCUUCCUCCAAAACCUCUCCUAACGUAAAAAUAUCUGAGAGUCGAAUCGAGUGGCAUGGGGGAAUUCGCAAAGCACCUCAGUCUCGCUGCCACAAAGUCUGUCGCCCAAGUUACUAUAGACAUUUGAAAGAAAAUCGCCAGGGUGCAGAAUGCUGUUGGGAAUGUAAGAAGUGUCCCGCUGGUGAAUACUCUGACAAAGAAGACUUGCUUAAUUGCAAAAAGUGUCCUAUAACUCAUCGACCGAGCGUUGACCAAUUGAAAUGCAUUCCGUUCUAUGAGGACUAUGUUCACUGGGAUCACGGUGGCAGUUUGUUUAUUCUAUUCUUAAUGGUCGUUGGGCUGUGUUUUGGUAUCUACAUAGCUGUGGUCUUAUUCAGGAGCUCAGAGACACCCAUUGUUCGUAAAGCCAAAAGUGGUGUCCUGUGCCUUCUACCGUUUGUUAUUCUUUUGUUCCUUUUACCGAUACCACUUCUUGGAAAACCAACUGAAGCUUCGUGUGAGGGUUAUCGUGUGUUCUUCCUUGUGGYUCUGGGGAUUCCUUUAAGUGUGCUCAUUGCCAAGUCACAAUUCUUUGACAAUCGAUGCCAAGACAAAAGUGAGAAUGGMAAUGCUUGCUGCACCCCAAGRCUCAGCAUUGCAUGUUUUAUAAUCGUGUUGCACGUUUUACUGGCUGUAAUACUUGGAUUAGUGAAACCUGCCCAGGUGAGUCGGUUACCGACCGACGACCCCUACACUGUAUUCCUCGAGUGCUCUUAUCAUUCCACUUGGGAAUUUGAAAUAGUUGUGUUUUUCCACAUGUUCUUAGCUGUUUUGGUAUCUGUAUUCUCCAUUAAUGAAAUCAUCUCGGAGGAGAACAAUAAUGAGGUGAAAUGGAUUUCAUUUGCAAUGUUUAAUUGGUAUGCCAUUACUUUCUUCUACAUCAUGUUCACGUUUGGUGUCCACUACCACGCCAAAGUAAUUAUGUUAGGUCUGAUGUGUAUUCUACACGCCGUGAAUCUCCUUGUUCUGCUGUAUGUCCCAAAAUGGUUCAUAGCAGUUUUUAGGCCUGAAAAGAACCGUUCUGAYGUGUCUCCRUGGACAGAUUAUAUUAAAACCCAGGAAAAAGUUUCCGAAAGAUUGUCUGCCCCCGAGGGAUCUCCGAUUCUAACCCGAAAAGGAAAGUCAGAAGACAGUGACGAGUCGGCUGAAGCUAAAGGUUUGAUGACAGACACAGAUAUAUAGGAGCUGAAAUAAACCGAUUUGGAUUUAUAAGAAGAUGAGUAUAGAAUUCAAGGACACAUGUCAGUGAGUUCUGAAAUGUAAAAAGCAAUUUGAUACUCGACUUCUGGUAGUUAUUAUGAACAAUGGAAGAGUAUCUAAGUAAGACAAAGGUUUUUGAUAUGUAUGUAGUAUUUACUUGAAGAGUGCUGUCCUGGUCUUUGGUAUGCUAAUGAGCUGACACGUGACUGAAAUAUUUUAUCCAAUAGACAGUCUGCGUAACAUCUGACACCAUCGUGCCUAGACUAAAUCUAUCCGUGUUUUUGUAGCAUGCAUAAAACCGCUAAAGAUUUUAAUCUUUAUAAUCAUGCUCUUGGUUCURGUCUGAAUUUUUCCAUUCAUGCACGUAUCUUCGAGUUUUGAGAUUUGUCUUUUAAAACUAAAGUCCAAACGACUUUUAUGACUAGUAAUCCUUAUAGAAAGCCACUCAAUCACACUCUCGAUAAAGGGCAAUGGCACUAAAAUUUGAUAAAUCUAAGUACAUGUAUAAGUCUCUCUCUCUCUUUCUCGCAUUAUUCAUAAUUUCAUUGCAAUUUAUUCAUAUCUAAUUGGCCCAAAGUAUAAUCAGAACUUAAAAUCCCGAUAACAGGAUUUUUUGGUCAUCGCGAGUAUUUCCAAUGUUCCAUGAAAAUCAUUUUUAAAUUGUAUUUUAUUUUGUUUUUUUUGUUGUUUUUUUUUUCUAAUUCAUUGCCAUGUCACUCACUGUGAGUAGUKGUGAUCGGCCGAUUAGAAUUGUGCGAAUUUUCUCUAAUAUACAAGUUUGUCUUCACAUGUGAUUGUCUUGGGUGCUAUAGAUAUAUCUCCGUGACUAUGAAGGUGCCCGCAAAAUAGACGUUUUUCUGGWAUUCAAAACCAGGCCAAACCUGUAGGCAGGUUUUCCAAAACCAAUUUAAACUAGUCUUACUUCAAAGAACAGGCAAUUAUCAAGAGGGUUUGCUAAGAUAUUGUAUCUACAGAUAUAAACGUAUUAUAUACCAAAAUAUUUUUUUAGAUUUCUAAAACGCCAGCUAAAUCUGCGUUGCUUUGAUCGGAACAAGUUYACACGGAUUUUUAUGAUGUAAUGGUUACGUUGCAAUAGACAAUAACAUCAUCAUUAAUAAUUUAUUUAUUUUUCUGCUUAACUAUGGUUCCAGCUGUUAUUAUAUCUCUUUCAAAGAGAUCUUUAUUAUUAUAAAUCUUUAUURAUAGUACUUCGUUAUGACAUUCCAAUUUGUUAUAAUAAAAAGAAUGUUUUAAUACGG